UCACGUGUACAUCCGGGGACUUGCCUGUGACGUUUUCGAUAAUUCUUCAACAUUGUCGGUAGUGCUACAACUAAAAGUGCUUUGACUGUACCGUGGAACACGGCCAAUUUUCCUGCUUUGACGUUUCUUCCAAUAGGAUGCUGGCACUGAUAAUUGCUGUUUGACCAUGGCUAAGGACCGACGGGACAAUGAUUCUGAUGUUGAAAAGUACUUCCUCCACACUAAGAACCAGGUGAGUACAGACUGGAGGGAUCUGGCUCGGUGUCUCGGGUUUAAGACACCAAACAUAAACAACAUUGCCACCGAACAUGGGACCGACAAGGCUCGCUGUAUGGAACUAUUGCAGCAAUGGCACACCUUGAAGGGAAAUGCUGCAACCAUACAGGUGCUGUUGAAGUCUCUGGCUGACGCAAACCUACAGCGCGCUGUGGACUCUCUAAAGGAGAAAUACCCUGAACUUCAUCGAUCGCAAGACACAAAAAAGCAAACAGAGGAAUGCGACUGGCAAGAAAGAGGGGAACUGUCUGGCAAGAGAAAGAGGAAAAGAAAGAGGAGAAAGAAAACAAAGCAAUCUCGAGAGGAGUCGGUUUCAUCUCCCAUGGUCAAGAAUGGCCACGAUGGUAAUUUAAAUGUCACGGAGACGUAUUUCGACAAAGUCGUCGAAGACGUCAGUAACAAGUGGGACCACCUGGCGCGGAAGCUGGAGCUCAGCGAGAACCAGAUAAAAGUGCUCCGAACAUCGGAUCGAUAUCGCGACGAUGACCGCCGGUGCAGGGAAGUGUUAAACGGGUGGUGGAACAAGAAGGGAAGGAAGGCUACUCCACAGGUUCUGAAGCAGGCACUCAUCGACAUUGAUGAAAGAAGGACAGCAGAGAGCUUAGGAGAAGGGGUGCAAAACAUUUGUGCGCCACAAGUUUCAACAGUCAAGCGAAAAAGAAAAAAGCAAGACCAAGAACCGACUGUUGCAAAGAAGUUAAAGAAGUCCAGGACCGAACCUGAUUCCGAAGAUGAAUCGCAACAAACUGAAGAAGAGUACACAGCAAAGGUCUUUAACGCGCUCGUUGACGAUAGUAAGAGUGUUUUCAACGAUGAGGUGCUUGAGGAUCCUGAGAAAUUUUCAAAGGCAGUGAAAGCGUUCAAACGAAAUGCUGAUACACUCCUACGUUUCGGCGUUCGGAAACGUUUUGAGGCGGUAAAGGUGAUCAUCAAACGCAAAAUAAGGGGUGAAGUAAAACGAGUCUAUGUCAAACUUUUUACAGAUGAAGUUAAACGCAACACUGAUCUAUUUGAUAGACUUUCGCGUAGCUUUGACAUUUUCGGUGCCACCCUUAAGAAGAUUGAGGCCGGAUGCGUACUCUGUUAUCUUGAAUUUGAGAAUUCUUCUUGCUACGACACGUUUCUGAGCGCUUACAAAGACGGCCGUUUGUCAGAAACCCUGACACGGGAACUGAUCACAGACGACAUGAUGGCAGCAGAAGGGGGGGAUCUGUACCUACAAGUCAUACUACUGGGAAUGGACGAGCAAUGUCAAGACGACAAAGGACUCCCUGGGAAUCACGUGACUCGCAGUAAAGACAUCGUGACAUCAGAACACGACGAGGACGAUACUGACUCGGAUUCUUCAGUCCACGAAAGCAACGCUUGUUUCAAGAUCUUAGAAAUGAGCGAGAAAAUUUUCCAUACCGCCACUGUUACAGAUCCCAACAAGUUUGACAAAGCGAUUAAGGUGUUCCAAACACAUGCAGAGUUAGUCAUUGGUGAAUCUGGCAGAGAUUCAAAAAAACCGCUCCUUGAUCGACGUGUGAAGUUAAAACUCGCUAAGGCAGUCAAUAAAAAAGUUCAAGAAGUGCAGGAGAUGGCAUUUACAACGCGCAUUUUAAGUGACCUGAAAGUAUACAACAGAAUCGUCAAUUGUUUUGAAAGAUUUUGUGCCACCCUACAGAAAGUAAAGCGCGGCUGUGUUCUCUGCUAUCUCGACUUCGACGACGCGUCCUGCUAUCGGACGUUUUUAGCUGCUUACAGAGACGGACGUUUGUCAGAAACCCUGACCCGGGAACUGAUCACAGACGACAUGAGGGCAGCAGAAGGGGAGGAUCUGUACGUACACGUCACACUGCUGGGAGAGGAUGGGGAAUGUCAGGACGACAGUCUAGCAGAUAAAGAGGAGCCGAGAGGUCCUACAGAGGGACGCCAGGUAGAAAGUACAGCGCCAGACUUGCCAGUCUCCAUCAAACAGGAGCCUUUGUACCAUCAGGGUCGCGUGAAACCAGAAGUGGACACCCUUAGAAUGAAGUUGACGGAAGAAUCCGACCCGAGUGGCACAGCAGGCCGAGGCCUCCCACAUCCUGGUCCAUCUCGGGAACAUUCAGGACAGGGUCCUCCUGAACCAGGCAGCAGUAACUAUGGUGACGAGAUGCCUCCUGGUUACCAUGGUGAUGGCACAGGUGGGCAGCAGGUGUCAGGUGGCGAUGACGUAAUCCAGGUGAAGCAGGAGCCAGCUGAGCAGGUGCUGUCCUGCUGCAUGAUGGGAACGGUGAAAUCAGAGUUGGACACCCAUGGAAUUGAGGUGAAGGAAGAGUCAGAACUAGACAGACAGUUUGCCGCCAUUGCUGACCAUCUGGGUUCCAUGUGGGAGCGGCUGGCUUUAUAUCUCGGCUUCAACACUGACUACAUCCGGGACCUGACAGCCAGACUGCCCCCCUCCCUCCGUCCUCACCAGCUGAUCUGUGAUUGGAUGGAGAGGAACGUUGGUGACGUCAUGCUGGAACAGCUGGUGCAGGCCCUGAGGGAUGCUGGGAUACACGAGGUUGCAGAUGCGGUAGAUUCUGGUCAGCUGUUUGUGACAGAAGCAGAUUACGAGGUGGCAAAAGGGAAGCCAGAUGGAGAAAUGGAUACCGACUGGCCUGGUAGUGGCGAAAGGUUACCAGAAGAUACCGCCAGUGAGUCAUCAGAGUCCAGUCGUAGUCAUGGCGACGUGGAGGGAGGACCCAUAGCUGAGGACGAUAGGAGAACAGUUCUAGAUUCUGAUGAAGCAUAUUCUGGUCAGCUGUUUACAACAGCAGCUGAGGCUACAAAAGAGAAGCAAGAUGAAGACAUGGGCACAGGCAGUCGUGGUGAGGAGAGAUCCAAUGAAAGGUUACCAGAGGACGGCCAGACAUCGGCUUCGGAACCAGAUCGUGACGAUGACAAGGAGGGGAGUGGAAACAUUUCUGCAGGAGACAAGACAUCUUACAAUAGCACAAUCAGCCAGUUGAAGUAUCCAACCGGUGAAGACGCCUUGGCCUGGGAUGGCUGCAUCCAAGUUUUCUUCAAGACUGAUGAAGACACGACAAGGUCCAUCCAGCAGAGCUGGCCAAGUCUUGGUUCAUGUAAAAGGCUGAAAAAAGUAAACCUCAGCUAUAACAAACUGUCUGACAAGGGAGACUUCUUACCUCCCCUCCCCAACUUGGAGGAGAUAGAUCUCAGUCACAAUGACAUUAGUGAUGAGGCAGUGCCUGGUCUUGUUGAAGGUCUUGCUUCAUGCCAAAACCUGGAGAAAAUUGAUCUCAGUUGGAACAGAUUGUCUGUUAGAAAAUAUAUCUUACCCCCUCUUCCUAACCUGAAGGAGAUAGAUCUCAGUCACAAUGUCAUUAGUGACGAGGCCGUGUCUGGUCUGUCUAAAGGUCUCAGUUCAUGUCAGAAACUGAAGAAAGUAGACCUCAGUUGUAACAAGUUGUCGGACAGGGGAGACUUCUUACCUCCUCUCCCCAACUUGGAGGAGAUAGAUCUCAGCAACAAUGCCAUUAGCGAUGAGGCAGUGUCUGGUCUUGCUGAAGGUCUUUGUUUUUCACUUUAUCUCAAGAAGCUUAACCUCAGUCAUAACAAGCUGUCUCACAGAAUAGAGUUCUUACCUACCCUCCCCAACUUGGAGGAGAUAGAUCUCAGUCACAAUGCUAUUAGUGACGAGACAGUACCUGGCCUUGCUAAAGGUCUUAUGUCAUGUCAGUACCUGAAGAAAGUUAACCUUGGUCAUAACAAAAUGUUUGAACGGGGCGACUUCUUACCUCCCCUCCCCAACUUGGAGGAGAUAGAUCUCAGUUACAAUUCCAUUACUGAUGAGGCAGUGCCUGGUCUUGCUGAAGGCCUUGGUUCAUGUCAGAACCUUAAGAAGGUGAACCUUAGUUAUAACAAGUUAUCUGACAGGGGAGACUUCUUACCUCCACUUUCCAAUCUGGAGAAGAUAGAUCUAAGUCAUAACUAUAUUAGUGAUGUUGCAGUGCCUGGUCUUGCUAAAGGUUUUCUUUCAUGUCAGAGUCUGAAGAAGGUCGACCUUAGCUUUAACAAGUUGUCUGACAAGGGAGACUUCUUACUUUCACUCCCCAACCUUAAGGAAAUAGACCUCAGUGGCAAUAACAUUAGUGAUCGGGCAGUACCUGAUCUUGCUGAAGGUCUUGCUUCAUGCCAGAAUCUAGAGAAGUUGAACCUUAGCCAUAACAAGUUGUCUGACAGGGGAGACUUCUUACCUCCCCUCCCCAACUUGGAGGAGAUAGAUCUCAGUCACAAUGCCAUUAGUGAUGAGGCAGUUUCUGGGCUUACUGAAGGCCUUCGGUCCUGUCAGAAUCUGAAGAAGGUGAACCUUGGACAUAAUAAGGUGUCCAACUGGGCAGACGUUUUGUCAGUCCUCUCCAUUAAGAAUGAGAGCAAUCUUGGUCUCAUUAGCAUCGCAUUGGCACGUAAUGAGGAAACGCUUGGCCGCACCAAAGGACUCUGUACGGGUCAAAACAUGAAAAAGAUGAAUCUUAGUUAUAACAAGUUGUCUUACAGGGAAGAUUUCUUACCUCCCCUCGCCAACUUGGAGGAAAUAGAUCUUAGUUGCAAUGCCAUUAGUGAUGAGGCCGUGUCUGGUCUUGCUGAGGGUCUUGGUUCAUGUCAGAACCUAAAGAAGGUGAACCUUAGUCAUAACAAGUUGUCUGACCGGGGUGAUUUCUUACCUCCACUUCCCAAAUUGGAGGAGAUGGAUCUCAGUAACAAUGACAUCAGUGAUGAGGCAGUGCCUGGUCUUACUAAAGUUCUUUGUGCAUGUCAAAAUCUGAAGAAAGUGGACCUUAGUCAUAAUAAGUUGUCUGACAGGGGAGAUUUCUUACCUUCCCUCCCCUACUUGGAGGAGAUAGAUCUCAGUCACAAUGCCAUUAGUGAUAAGGCAGUGCCUGGUCUUGCCAAAGGUUUUGGUUCAUGUCGGAAUCUGAAGAAGGUGGACCUUAGUCAUAACAAGUUGUCUGAAAGAGGAGACUUCUUAUCUCCCCUCGCCCUCGAGGAGAUAGAUCUCAGUCAUAAUUCUAUUAACGACAAGGCAGUGCCUGGUCUUGUUAAAGGUCUUGCUACAUGUCAAGGCUUAAGAACAGUCCAUCUCACCAAUAAUCAGAUCUCUAAUAAGGGAGCAUUGAUGAUGUUGCAACAGGAAAGUCGCAGAAAAAUACAGUUUUAUGUUUUGGGAAACAACGUAAGUCGUGACCUUACAUCUCUCAUCUCAGGCAGACAGGAUACCGACAACGUAGGGAAACUUGACCUCGUAUCUGGAGAAUACGUUUGGAGCGACGUGACUCCACUGUCUAUUACUGCCAUCCAUCUCCUACUGCAGUUCCUCCCACAGCUGCCUAACCUGCAGGAGUUAGCGCUUUGUGUCAGCUGUCAGGGGGAGGAGGAAGCUGAACACAUCAGUCAGCUGUAUGGAGUGCAGCAUCUUUUAAAGAAGCUGAAGCUGAAAGAGUGGUCACUGGACAACAUCAUAAAACUAUUUUCUCAGUUGAUACGGAAAUUGCCUCUUUUAGAAGAGAUAGAUCUUAGUCGCGAUGAUAUCAAUGAUGAGGCGGUGCCUGGUCUUGCUGAAUGUCUUGCGUCUAGUCAGAAUCUUAAGAGAGUCAACCUGAGCGAUAACAAACUGUACGAUGUCGGAAAACUGUUACAAACAUUUAUCAUACUUCCCACCCUGACCCAUGUGAGCAUUGAAUAUAAUUCAAUCAGCGACGAGUCCCUCCCCGCCAUAGCUGCAUGGCUGAAGGUUAGGACAGCUAUGGAUAAAGUCGGCCUGUGUGGUAACUGCUUCAGUGCUGAAGGAGUUAGAGAUUUUGUAAGAACCAUGAAGGGCGAGGCUUAUCAAAAUGGCAGACUCCUGUAUAGGGAUGAUGUACAGGAUGAAGCGCAGCAGUGGAAGAGGUUGAGGAGAGAGACAGGCUGGAUAUGCGUGAAAAUCAGACAACUGACUGUUACGAUUGACCAUAGAGGUUCCAGAUUAAACAAUGCAAAGUAA